ACUAGCUAGCUCGAUCGAGAGGAGGUCGGAGUAGUGGGUGGGUGAGGCGAUGUCGGGGACGGGGGUGUGGGUGUUCAAGGACGGGGUGAUGCAGCUGGAGGAGGAGCGGGCGGCGGGGAGGAGGAGGCUGGUGUACGUGCCGGCGAACGAGACGAUGGCGUCGCUGCAGGCGCUGGAGCGGAGGCUGGCGGGGCUCGGGUGGGAGCGCUACUACGAGGACCGCGCCUCGGUGCAGCUCCACCGCCGCGACGGCGGCGCCGACCUCAUCUCCCUCCCGCGCGACUUCUCCCGCUUCCGCUCCACCCACAUGUACGACGUCGUCCUCAAGAACCGCGACCACUUCAAGGUCGUCGACCUCCCCACCUGCAACUGAUCCAUCCAACUCUUUCUCACUACCAUGGCUAGCUGUGUGUGUGCCUGUAUGCAUGUGUGGGGCUUAAUUAAUUUAAAGCCUCUACUUAACUCAAUUAAUUAUAUAGCUUUCACUGUGUGUAUGAGCAGUACUGUCGACUAUGAUGAUUUAGGUUGGUCACGUGUCUGUGUGUGUACGAGCAGUGUCGACUGGAGUAUUGUUUUGAGUAGAGAGCAUAUAUGCGCGUGCAUCGUGCUGUGUACGUACGUGCUCAUGUACCAGAUUAAUUAAGGUGGGCAUUAAUUGCCACCGGGUUGUACUGUUGUUGCACAGGUAUAUUGUUAACCCUGCUUAUUAAUCUGCGCGCGUACGUGCAAGGUGACAUCACACGAAUAUAUCAUGUAUAUCGUCAGAUUUGGCUUAAU